AUGGAUGAACAUGAUAGAAACAUUUCAAUGCUCAUUCAAUCUCUUCAGCCAACGCCAAUAGAGAAGCCUGUACUGUAUUUUAGCGCACCGUGGCAUCGCGGUCAAAGAAUCACCUUUUCGCUGAAAAACACUUUCCCCGAAGACCAUAUUAUACUGUUCAAAUUCAUGACCAGCACUGCUGCAGCAAACAACACAAUCAUGAACAAGUCUAAUCGCUAUUUCGUUAGGCCAAGCGCUGGUAAAAUGGUCUCAUCUUCAGCUACAGAUCAAAUGAACAUUAUGCUUUUCUUGAAUCAAGUGCCAGAAGGCUUUACCGAUAGUGGACGUGGUGUUGAAGGGCUAAAGACAGUGACAAAAUUAAAGGAUAAAAUUAUCAUAAGGUGGGCCGCUAUACAGCGAAAUACCCGGAUUGAAGCUUGGGUGAACUCGUUACAAGAAUCAACGAGACGAAAAUGGAUUGAUAUGCUUGAUGAAGAAUGGCCCGAUCAAGUGACAAUACAUAUGACCCGAAUAAAAGUUCGCUUCAAUACUUAG